UGAGUCAAGGUUGGGCCCCUUAGUGCCCAACGCUCACAAACAGGUGGAAUAUGUGCAGACACCCUUGAAGAGUACUGUCAGUGAGAUGAGCAGGCAGGCCUCACUUCUGUGGGUUUGGGGUUCAUUACUGGUGCUUGGCAGCCAGAUGGUCUAUCCAGUUGACCUGCUCUGCCUAUCUCAUUAACAGGUAUCUGCUUAUUAGAGUGGAGGGGACUGGGCUAGGCUCUGUGAUAGCUGCCCAGUGGUGGCAAAUAGCCAGAACUAGAUGAGGGUCAGGGCUGUAGUAGGUAUUGGAGGUGAACAGGAGUUGGGGGAACAACUGCGCAAGAGCUGAGUGGCUGCCGGGAGGUGCUCAGAGAUAGACAGGAAGUGAGGUGGGGCGUUGAGCAGCAGCCCACAAAGACCUUCCUGGCCGUCCUAGACAGGGCCAAGGAGGAUCUCCGGCAGUGACCUUGGUCCCCCUUCCCUGCUUCACAGGAUGGGGCCACCAGUGCCCUCAGCCCUGUCAGCCAUCUGGGUCCUGGGGUGCUUCUCCUUGCUGUUCUGGCUGUGGGCACUGUGCACAGCCUGCCACAGGAAGCGGACUCAGAGGCAGCAAACUGGGCUGCAGGGCAGUGUGAUACCAGUGGAAGUGUCACUGCUGAGACAGACCCACCUCUGCUCCCUCAGCAAGUCUGACACCAGGCUGAAUGAGCUGCACCGAGGCUCACGCCGAAGCACAGCUCCACGGCCUGCUAGCAUGGAUCUUCUGCGUCCACACUGGUUGGAGGUGACCAGAGGCAGCACCAGGCCUCAAGUACCCCCCUUCGCCUUGCCAUCCCGACAGCUGCCCAGGGCCCCAUUUCUUCCCCUUGCCACUGCACCCUCCACUGGUCCCGAGGCCACCUAUUCCAAUGUGGGCCUGGCUGCGAUCCCCAGGGCCAGCCUGGCUGCUAGCCCUGUGGUGUGGGCUGGGACACAGCUGACUAUCAGCUGUGCCAGGCUUGGGCCCGGAGCAGAGUAUGCCUGCAUCCAGAAGUGCAAGGGAACAGACCAGACCCACCAAGAAUUGCAGCAGGAGAAGGCUGAAGUGACCCCAGCUGCUCAGGUGGACAUCUUGUACUCCAGAGUCUGCAGGCCUAAAAGGAGAGGCCCAAGACCUGCCACAGAUCAGCUGGACCCCCAGGGUGGGGGAGCAAUUCUGGCCCUGGGGGGUGACAUGGAAUAUGAAGCCGUCACUCUCAGGGGCCAGGGUGUGGAUCAAGGUCCCCUGGAAAAUGUGUAUGAGAGUAUAAGGGAGAUGAGACCCCCUGAACCUGAACAUUUGGAGCCCCCACAUACUGCCAGUUAGCAUAAGUUGACACAGUAAGGGUAUCAAGGCCCCUCGCUUCUGCCAGGGAAGCAUUGGAGACCUUUCUGUACCCUUCCCCCAGCCCCAGAGCUGGCAGCACAUUUCUCAGGUCUUUGACCUGGGGUGGUGGCACAUGCCUUUAAUCCCAGCCCUUGGGAGGUAAAGGCAAGCAGAUCUCUAAGAGUUAAAGACUAGCCUGGUCUACAUAGUGAGUUCUGGGCCAGCCUGGUCUACAUAGUGAGCCCGUCCUACACCCCUACCCCCAUCACCUCAAGUCCUGUCCUUGUGGCCCUGAGGCCUAAUUAAAUCUGUCACCUAAGACUGGA